AUGAGAGCAGUUGCACUCAGACCGCAGGUGGCAGAGGAGGGAAGGGCCAUUGAGGAGGAGGGGGAGGGGAUGGAGCAAGGGACACUGCAACAGAUGGAGAAUGGGGAUCACAACGAGGAAGCUGCCACCAGCUACCAUGCCAACCAUCCUGCAUCUGCAACGCCAUCCAGGGAGGCGCCAUCCAGGGAGGCGCCAUCCGCUGCAAGCAGUCAUGCUGCUCCUCCUGCUGCUACAGCCAUUCGGACCACAGCUGCUACAGCUGUUCGUGCUACAGCCGUUGGUGGACCUGCGUCGUCCUCCCGUACCUGUCGAUCUGCUGCACCAACUGCCCAGCAUGUCAACACCUCCCCAG